GCUCUGUAUCUCAUAUUUUGGAGCGUCCUUGAAAGUUUCUGUGCUGAACCAGAGACAUCUCUCUCCAUGUCUCUGUGCUGAACGCGCUCAUUUAUCCCGCGUUAACAGUACAUAACCUCACCUUUCAAGUUUUCAAGAGUUUUUCGCAAAAGUUUCUAUUUUAAUAUUUUACUUUUAAAAUUAAACAUGGAUAUUCCUGGUAAUUCCAGCGAGCACCCUGAUUCCGAAGAUGACUGUGUGAUAAUUUCAAAUUUGUUAACGAAAUCCACAAUUAGAGGCUAUCACUACCCUAAAUUAACAAAGGAGCAGUAUGUAACCCCCGAACCGCCGACAAAAUUAAUGAAGCCUUCCCUAGCGAUUCGAAAUGAUUUAACUACCACAGCAUUUCUUGACUUUUUUCAUCAAAAUUAUGUAAAUAGCGAAUAUGCUGUAAAUGAUAACGUAGAGAUAGUUAAAGAGCCCUUCAAAGUUUGUGUUGUUCAUAAUUUUUUAGAUGAUGAAGCGGUGCUACUCAAAAUUCAAGAUGAAUUUAACGAAAUAGAGUGGAACAAACGAAGUUUGGAUUUAUACGAGUUCUUCCAAUCGAAAGAUUUAAAAGACGUGCAUUCAUAUUAUGUUUCUUGCAUGUAUGAGUUUUUAAAGAAUGAUGUUAAGGACUGGAUACAAAAUCUGACCGGCAUGGAAUUUGUAAACAUAUCGGCGACGUGUAGCUUAUACACCCAUACCGAUUAUCUACUUGUACAUGACGAUUUACAGGGUAGCCGAGCGAUCGCCUUUGUUUUGUAUUUUUCUGGACCAGCAAGUUGGAAGACUGAAAGUGGGGGAGCUUUACAAUUAUUUGAAAUGGACUUUGUGGGGGAACCUUCCGACGUCGUUCGAAGUAUUUAUCCUCGCAAUAACCAAUUUGUAUUUUUUCCUGUGUCUACGAAUUCGUAUCAUCAGGUUGAAGAAAUUGUCAAUAGAGAAGACUGUAGGAUGAGCAUCAAUGGUUGGUUUCAUACAGUAAACCCAUUAUGUGAGAAGCCACCACAGCCAAUCUCAAAUACUACAGUCUUUACCGAAGAAUUUAUAAACCCAAAGUUAGUAGAUUUAGAUUUAGAAUCAUGGAUACAUCCAGACUAUCUUGACUCUGAGACAGCCGAAUCUAUUCAAAAGCAGAUGGAAGAGGAGUCGGAACUCUCUUUGCAUGAUUUUAUAAAAACAGAUCAGUGGCAGCAAGUGGUUGCAGAUUUGUACUCGCCAGAUCUUGAAUGGGAUCAUGCCGGUCCUCCAAACCGACGAUCAUGUGAUGUGCUUUGCAAACAGAAUUUGCCCGACAAUAUUCGACAGUUUAUUGACUUGUUUCUCUCACAUGAAAUGUUCGUUCUAUUAAAAAAUUAUACAGAUUUAGAUUUUAAGCAUGUGCGAUACGAAUUGCAACGAUGGGGACCACAAUGCUAUUCUCUUUUAAGUGACUACGACUGGUCGAACAAAUCUGAAUUGGAUUUAGUUCUCUACCUUGGUUUGCCGGAUACUGUUCCUAUGGUUGGUGGAAAAACGAUGUACAUUGCUGUUGAGGAUCGCAUCGAAGAGGCUCUUGUAACACUUGAUCCGCAAGAAAACUGCUUAAAUCUUGUUUUUAGAGAUACUGCUCGCAUAACAAAAUAUGUCAGCAAGUGUAAUCGGAUCAAAACAUUUUUUAUGCUAAUUUGUUCAUAUUCUGAAUAAACGUUUUCCUGAGGUUUUCA